GAGGAGAAGGAGGAGGAGAUGGAGGAGGAGGAGGACGAGGAGGAGGAGGAGGAGGAGAAGGAGGAGGAGGAAUAUGGCGUUUGUUCUUCUUCGAGCAUAUCCGAGAAACUUCUCAACACAUCCACCUGUGCUGUGGGCCCGCGGAGGCCGCCGCCGCCGCCGCGGGCGCAUCCAGCGGGCUCUCCACGUCCUGCGAGCCUGGCCGGCCGUAGGCGAUGGGCCGGUGCGCGACCCGCUCCGCGGCGCCGAGGGAGGGGGCGGCCUCGGGCCAGAGCCCCCGGGCGGCCGGAGCGGGCCGGCCCCGCGCGGCAGCGCCCAGUCCUCGGCGACAAAGGACAGCUCCUGCGCCUCCUGCAGCUCCGCGUGCGCGCCCUGCGAGCUGCUGCAGCACGCGCGGCGGGCCCGGUCGCACUUGCCACCCUGCGAGCAGCAGACGGCGUCAAACGACGCGAACAGCGCCUCACCUGGCGCGUGCGACGGCGGCGUCCAGCGAGUGGCGGGCCGAGCCCGAGAACAGCAUCGCCGCGACCGCAUCGGGCGCGCCGGCACAUGGCGCGGGAGCCCUGGGUCUCUCCCCCUCCGGCGGUGGGGGGAGCGGCGGCUGGGGCGAGUAAACGACAGCAGAUCGAGAGG